CACCCCACCCCUACCAUGCCAUCACAAACCAUAUCAAAUCUCUUGUGGUGUAAAAUGACGGAAAAGCCCCGAUCAUCCCCUUCACUCCCUCUCAAGACCCGCAUCUCCAUCUCCUUCCUCAGCACCCUCACAGACUCCGCCUGCCGCUCCGAUGGCACCGUCAACCGCCGCCUCCUCAACCUCUUCGACUUCCGUUCCUCCCCUAACCCUCGCUUCUCCUCUGGCGUCCGCACCGCCGACAUCACCGUCGACCCCUCCCGCAACCUCUGGUUCCGCCUCUUCGUCCCCUCCUCCCCCUCCGGCAACCGCCUCCCCGUCAUCGUCUUCUUCCAUGGAGGCGGUUUCGCCUUUCUCUCCCCCUCCGCCUUCGCCUACGACGCCGUCUGCCGCCGAUUCGCCCGCAAGCUCCCCGCCAUCAUCCUCUCCGUUAACUACCGUCUCUCGCCGGAGCACCGUCACCCCGCACCCUACAUCGACGGCCUUGACACCCUCCGCUUCCUCGAUUCCUCCGAACUCGACCGAUUCGACCCCGAUGCCUCUGCGAUAGCCGAUCUAUCCAACGUCUUCCUCGCCGGCGACAGCGCCGGCGGCAACAUCGCUCACCACGUCACUCGUCUCUGGGCCGCGGAGCAAGAUUCGAAACCCUGGGCUAGGGUUCGGAUCUCAGGACUGGUGGCCAUCCAGCCGUUCCUCGGCAGUGAGGAUCGGACCCCGGCCGAGAUCCGGCUCGAGGGAGCUCCACUGGUGUCGACGAAGAGAACGGAUUGGCUCUGGAAAGCGUUCUUGCCGGAAGGUUCAGAUCGGGACCAUCCGACGGCGAAUGUAUUCGGGCCGAAGGAUGAUGCGGAGCUAGGGGAAUGGUUCCCGGCGACGAUGGUGGUGAUCGGAGGGUGGGAUCCGUUGCAGGAUUUGCAGAGGAGGUACGCGGAGGAGAUGAGGAAGAGGGGGAAGGAGGUGAAGCUUCUGGAGUACGCUGAUGCGAUUCAUGCUUUCUAUAUCUUCCCGGAGUUGAAGCUGAGCACGGAGUUCAUCGGAGAGAUGAAGAGCUUCGUUGAAACACAUUCCAAGAAGCAAGAGAUCAAUAGCAACAUCUGAUAUCGCCUGCUUACCAUUGUUACAAACUUAAAUGUGCCUCCAUGCUGUCGCAGUUCCGUGAGAGUUGUCAAAACCAUGAGGGCAAGUUAUUGAAUGAAUCUGCGUCAAAAUUUCUCUCAAGUUGAUGUCAAUUAUGUCACUGUCGUUCAGUUUUGGACGCUGUACUACUCUUUUUUUUUUUUUAUAUAUUGUUUUAAAAAUUCAGUGCAAUCAAAAUUUUA